AUGGAUCAAAGUUCUCUAAACGGCACUAAACUUGAUAGCAGCUAUCUUGUUCCUAAAAGACUUGAUCCAGUGAGUGCAAAUGUAAUAAUCACUGCUGGACAUGGAGGCCUAAAAUUUUGGGACAUACGUGAUCCCUUCCGCCCUUUAUGGACUGUCCAUCCAGCCCCGAGGUUCAUAUAUAGCCUGGAUUGGCUCCCAGAUCCAAGAUGUGCAGUCAUAACAUUCGAUGAUGGAACAAUAAGAAUCCUCAGCUUGGGGAAGGCUGCAUAUGAUGUACCUGUUACUGGGAAACCUUUUACUGGCACAAAACAGCAAGGAUUAAGUGCUUAUAAUUGUUCAUCUUUUGCCAUCUGGAGUGCACAAGUAUCACGACUAACAGGCAUGGUUGCAUAUUGCAGUGCAGAUGGUACUGUUCUCCAUUUUCAGCUUACAGAGAAAGCAGUGGAGAAAGAUCCAUCACGACAUCGAGCUCCACAUUUUCUAUGUGGAUCCUUGACUGAAGCAGGUUCAACCAUUACUGUUCACACUCCAUUGCCAGAUAAUCCUUUAACAUUGAAGAAGCCAGUUAAUGAUUCUAGUGAAGCUCCAAAAUGCCUCCGAAGCUUCUUGACUGAGUCACCCCAGGCUAAAAGUGCAAAUGACAAGAAGUCAAAGAAUCCUACUUCUGAUAAUCAUAUAGCGAGCAUCUGCUUUGAUGAUGAUCAAGAUGUGGAAUCUGGACCUGAAGAAACGCCAAGAGCUCCUAAGGGCCAAAAGAAGCCAAAACCUGAAAGUAAUACUGCGAAAAAGGCAAAAGUUGAUCAAGCAUCCGCAUGCACAGUUGCGGAGGCAACGGAUGUAAAGGGGAAAGAGAGUAGAAAAGGAGAAGCCGGAAAUGAAAUCGAAGUUUUCCCUCCAAAAAUGGUAGCAAUGCAUAGGGUGAGAUGGAACAUGAACAAAGGUAGUGAGAGAUGGUUGUGUUCUGGAGGAGCUGCAGGGAUUGUGCGGUGUCAAGAGAUUAGAAUUCCGGAUAUUCGUAAGAAAUAUACUAGAAAAGGAAGAAAUUGAAACUGAAAAAUAAACAUGGUAAGGUUGACGGAUCCAGGCUUGUACAAGAAUGGUGUGCUUGGGUUAAAGAAGAAGGGUCUUUGUUUAGUUGAUAUAUUAGUUAGAUUUUAACCUAGGUUUCUCAUGUAAGAAGGUGGAGAGGCCAUAAGGCCUUCUUCUGUAUAUAAACAAUAAAAUUAGGAAGAGCCAUCCACAUUUUUUUAUUUGGAAAAUGUUACUGGUUAAUUCUUGAGAGCCGUUUUGUUACUUUACGCAUGCA